AUGAGGCUCACCGGCGCGCCGUGGUUCGUCAUCCCACUUGCCACCGUCACGGCAGUCAGAGUGGUGACGGCGAUCGUGAACCUCAGCAACCGUCGCGAACUGAGGCUGCGGGCUGGCUCGAGAGCUGCACGUGAUGCCGAGUCUCUUAUUAACGCGGUUGUACACCUCGCCGACAACACCGGCGGCGGCGCCCACCCCUCAACCGAGAAUGCGAUGGCGACGGCCAUUGACCUGAACACGACACACCGGCGCAUCGAGGUGUCCCAGGCACGGCUACGCAGUCUCAGCUGGGGUUUACUUCCCCUCUUUGACUGCUACGCUGUGGCGUGCCGCUGCGGUACGGUUCCAGAUGCGGUGAAGGCGGAUGUGUGGAACUGCCUCUGCGCCGUUGUGGAAGCGCACUUACAGGCGUACGUCAGCGCCAGUGGUCCAUCAGCAAUCGUCUCUGAGGUUGCAACUGCCCUGGCGAUGUGCGAGGUGCUUCUCGGACAGCGCUACCAUGUGACGCGCUUCCUGGAGGCCCCGCUGACGUCGUCUCGUCUGCUGCUCGGCACACCUCCGCGGCAUCUUCUGGCAGAGGCGGUGCGCAAAAAUCGUGACGAGAGCUGUACCAUGCGCUCUCUCGCCCUCUUCGCACGUCUCCUCCAUAACGCCUGCACUCCUUCUGAGAAGGCGCUUCUCGCCCUCCUUGCCGUCGUUAACAUCACGUACAUCUCGAGAUUGAUGUGCACGACGUCGUCUGCAGCGGUGCCAUCGGCGCUCCGCUACACCAUAGACGCCCUCAAUGAAGCCACAACGGCCGGCGCAGCACAGCUUUGCACGUGGAGGCGCUUUGUCGUGCAGGUGGUAACUUCGGCACCGGGGCGCAUGUUAGCCAGCGCCACCCUCGGUGCCGUCGUCUCGCAUCUCUUCAGCUCGGCCAAGGAGGCCGCAUCAGACGCCGUGCUGCGCCGCUUCCACAUGACCCUCAAGAUGGACACACUGCUGGCGCUCACGCGCUUCGACUUUGUUGCGGACGCACAUUGGCCCCUGCCAGGCCGCGUCUACAGCGCACUUGGCGUGGUCACCAACUUCUCCUUCGCGGACGUUGACCGCUUGCUAGAUGUGGUGGCGGAGCGAGUGCAGCGAUGCCGCACCGUGUGGCGGUUUCCGGUGGCAUGCAUGGUGGGGUGGCUGACGCGUCAAGGGCUGGACUGGCUGCAGCGGUGCUGGACGCGUGCCUGUCUGAUGACGUCGUUUGUGGCGUGCUACGGAGCCGCCGAGCAGGGGUGCUGCGCGGCCCCACGCGAGCGGGUCGGCGGCGCCGAGUGUCGCUUCUCACUGCCCCUGUGCCGUGCGCAUUACGGCCUCCAAAUCCUUCUACUUGCUGCUGUAUCUCCCUCUGACACGGCAUCCGCAUCAUCUGCUGCGGUACAGUGCUUGGCGGAGCACACUCGCUGGCCACUGUCGCCGCGCCCCUGCCUCCGGGCAACACAGCAGGUGUUGCGCGCCGUCUCCACUCCCGACGGGGCUGUCGAAGUUCUCGGUGCUCGGUACGACGCCGUACGCGAGCUCUGUGCAUCCCCUGCGGAGGAGGCGCAAGCCCCGGCCCCCUUUGCCGCCACAUUGAAUUUGCGGCGUGCCAGCGGAGACGGUCUGUUUGUGCCACCGAGUUGGCCGUCAGUCUUGGCGAUGGACUUGGUGACCCUUGGCGGCGACGUUCUGGAAGACGUCAUGAACAAGGUGUUCUCAAGCAGCAACGGCGUCCCGAUAAUGGCAGCUGUUGCCGCGACUGAGGCUCAGUCGCGUGCGCAGCACGGCACAACAUCGCUGUCGUCAGCGGAUGCUGUGGCGGCCGUCUACGAUGUGGCCAGGGUGGUGGACAGCGGCGCCGUGUUCGUCGUGCCGCCGGCGCGGCCGUGGACGCUGGUGUCGUCCUUCCAGUUUGACGUGCAAACGGCUCAGUUGCAUUAUGACGAGCACGAAGCGUACGCGCAGAGCAUGGCAACCCUUGUGCACGUGCAGCACACGCAUCAACCCGCGCUCGACGGACAGCCGUGGGUGCACUACAGCACACCCCCUUCCUUGCUGCGUCCCCGCAACGACACCAGUGCUGCCUGGCGUGUGACGUUCGAUCACGUUUCCUUCCGCUACCCAGACACAGAGCAUGACGUCCUGCACGACAUCACUUUCGACGUUGCAGCCGGUGGCUUUCUCGGCAUCGUAGGCUACAGUGGGGCGGGGAAGAGUACGCUGCUGCUCCUCCUUUCACGCGUGUACGCGCCGACGCGAGGACAUAUCCGCAUAAACGGCCACCCGAUCGAGUGCAUCCCGCCGCGCGCGCUUCGCCGCCGACUGGGGAACUGCUGGCAAGGCGACCGGGACACCUGCUUCUUGGAAGGGAUAAGCGUGGAGCGCAACGUGGCGUACGGCAACCUCGCGGCAGCUUGUGGCGACGCCAUCACCGCGGCCCUCCAACAGGCCUGCAUCGAUACAGCGGUUGCCGCGCGUCCCAGCGGGUUGAGGGAGCCGCUGCGGUGCAGCGAAUGGAGUGGCGGCGAGGUGGCACGACUCAUGCUGGCUCGUGCGUUUAUGGUGCCUGCAGACGACGCUGGUGUGUACAUAUUCGACGAAUGCACCAACGGCAUUGACUCGGUGACGGAGGCGAAGCUGUUUUCACGCAACCUCUGUCGACAGAGGAACACCACGCGCGUCAUGGUGUCACAUCGCCUAGCGUCGGUGCGCGCGGCGGACGAGAUUCUCGUUCUCGCACAUGGACGCAUUGUAGAGCGAGGCACCUGGACGCAGCUUCUCCGCGGUGACAACGACUCUCUCUUCUGCACCCUCUACCGUGCACAGGCAGUGUGCUGA